CUGGACCAACACAGUCCUUCUCUUCCUUGUCCUCCUACUUUCGUCUCUUCCAUCACCUCUAUACCAUCGAGGAGAGAAAUCACCUCGACCGCUUUGCCGCCUAAACAGCCGACGCUUCCACGCCGGGCAAGUCGACCAUGAAGGUCGCCACCUCAGCACUCCUCAUCGGAGUCGCAGCUGCUUCGAUUCCGCAGCAACAGCAGCCAUUGCAACCUCCAAAGGUCGUUCAGGAUGCUCUCAACGCCGCUGGCGAUAAGGUCUCUGGCUGGGCGAAGCCAUUGAAGCACCUCCAAGAUGAGCUGAAACACCUUACCGCUGAAGCUCAGUCUGCGUGGGACGAAGUGGCUAUGAUGUUCCCUGAAGAGAUGUCGAAAGCCUCGUUCUUCUCUACGCCCAAGAAGCACACCCGCAAGCACGAGCGCGAAUGGGAUUUCGUGACCAAGGGCGAGCACAUCGAGCAGAUGUUCAGCGUCAACUCCAAGGGCGAGAAGCAGCGCGAGAUCGACGGCCAUCUCGAGCAGUUCAACCUCCGUACCAAGAAGGUCGACCCAAAGAGCCUCGGUGUUGACACAGUCAAGCAGUACUCGGGCUAUUUGGACAAUGAGGAGGACGACAAGCAUCUCUUCUACUGGUUCUUCGAAUCCCGCAAUGACCCCAAGAACGACCCAGUCGUGCUCUGGUUGAACGGAGGCCCAGGCUGCUCAUCUCUCACUGGACUUUUCAUGGAGCUUGGCCCAUCAUUCAUCGGCAAGGAUCGCAAGCCAUCGUACAACCCAUCCAGCUGGAACGCCAACGCUUCUGUCAUCUUCUUGGACCAGCCAGUUAACGUUGGUUACUCCUACUCUGGCAGCGCUGUCAGCAGCACUGUAGCUGCAGGCAAAGACGUCUACGCUCUCUUGACCCUCUUCUUCAAGCAGUUCCCAGAGUACGCAAAGCAGCCGUUCCACAUCUCUGGUGAAUCUUACGCUGGCCACUACAUUCCUGUCUUUGCCUCCGAGAUCCUGUCGCACAAGAACCGCAACAUCAACCUGCAGUCUGUCUUGAUCGGUAAUGGACUUACCGACGGCUACACUCAAUAUGAGUACUACCGCCCAAUGGCAUGUGGCGAUGGUGGCUGGCCAGCAGUGCUUGAUGAGUCGUCUUGCCAAAGCAUGGACAACUCGCUUGCUCGCUGCCAAAGCUUGAUCGAGAGCUGCUACAAGAGCGAGUCUGUCUGGUCCUGUGUCCCAGCAAGCAUCUACUGCAACAAUGCUUUGAUUGGUCCAUACCAGCGUACCGGCCAGAACCCAUACGACGUUCGCGAGAAGUGCAAGGGCGGAAACUUGUGCUACGACGAGCUCAACUGGAUUCAAGAAUACCUCAACCGCGACGAUGUCAUGAAGGCUCUUGGAGCUGAGGUCGACAGCUACGACUCCUGCAACAUGGACAUUAACCGCAACUUCUUGUUCAAUGGCGACUGGAUGCAACCAUUCCACCGCUUGGUCCCAGAUAUCCUGAAGGAGAUUCCUGUCCUCGUCUACGCCGGUGAUGCCGAUUACAUUUGCAACUGGCUCGGUAACCUCGCCUGGACCCAGGCACUUGAGUGGCCUGGUCAGAAGGCUUACGCCAAGGCGCCUAUGGAGGACCUUACUCUCCAGUCCGACAGCAAGACUAAGACUGGUUCAGUCAAGUCUUCUGGCAACUUCACUUUCAUCCGCAUCCAUGCUGCCGGCCACAUGGUGCCAUAUAACCAGCCUGAGGCGUCGCUUGACUUCCUCAACCGAUGGAUCGGCGGAGAGUGGGUCGAGAACUAAGGGAAGUUUGAUGCACACAAGGAUGUAUCUAUGAACUUGAACUAGGUGCGACACAGCAUUAGACUGUAUAUGCCACAGAAAUGAUAUUACCCAAUCAGGCAACGAGAUCAUGGUUUUCUAUUGCAGCACGUCUAUGUGAUCAAAAUAACAGAGCGCAGACGAGCCUUGUCGACAAGGCGUCGGUCGCACAGUGCCCAUCGAAUGGCCUUGCUCUCGAUGCCGGCCUUACUGGACGCGUGAGCAGGAGCAGUCACUACUUGCUGCGUCUUGCCCAGGCCUGGUACCUGUUCUCUGAGUUUGAACACGCGUAAGUGUCUGUCACCGCUUCUUCGCCCACUGCU